AGUAGCUGUAGUCCUCUCUCUGGGGAUUGACGGCUGCACAGGAAUCUGCUGGAAUUUCCACCUCUGCUUCUUCAUUUUGAGCUGGGUUGGCUACGACUGAAGACCUAUUUUAAUUUGUCAUGAUAGGGUCUCGAGAUCUUGCAACAGCUGACCACUAAAAACAAAGGGGACCAGAGUAAUAGGAUCUGUCGGUACCUGAAUUACUCCAAAGCAGAUGUUGGACGAAGGUGUGGAUCAUUCUGGACCGUGAAGGAAAUUGGAUGUUCUUUGAUGAAUGGGAAGCAAAUUACUCUGAGGCAAUGGGAAUCUUCAACGGCAGAGGCAAGGGGGAAGCUUUAAGUUUCAAGCUGUGGCUGUGCCCUUUACAAACUUCGAGGACUGCCGUGUCACCUCUUCUCUGCAUGGUGUUGCUACAGAUAAUGCAGGUCAGUGGCACAAUACUGGAGGACACAAUCAGUAACUGGUCCUUGUAUCGGGAUCAGUGUUUGCAAAACCAAACCAAGUCUGGUGCCAAAACUGGAAUAUUUUGUAAUGAAACGUUUGACCAGUUUACCUGUUGGCCGGCAUCAUACCCGGGCAAUGUAUCAGAACCCUGCCCCUGGUAUCUUCCUUGGUUUAAACCAGGUAGUACAAGGAGGGUCCACAGGUACUGCCUGGAUAAUGGAAGUUGGUUGACCAUUUCAAACUCAACUGAUAUCUGGAGGGAUCAUUCUGAAUGUAAUGAAGAUAGCCAGGAUGUCCAGCAAAACAAUAAUCAUCAUGGGUUAUUGAAAACCCUGCAACUGAUCUACACGGUGGGUUACUCAAUCUCCUUGUCCUCACUUUCGUUGGCCAUAUUGAUACUGCUGUGGCUUCGGAAGCUGCAUUGCACUCGAAAUUACAUUCACGUCAAUUUAUUUGCUUCCUUUAUCCUGAGAGCUCUGGCAGUUCUUAUAAAAGAUAUUUUUCUGAAAAACACUUACUCAAAACGUCCAGAUGAUGAAAUAGGUUGGAAAUCGUUUUUGCAGAAUGAGGCGUCUAAUGGAUGCAAGGUGGCUCAGGUCUUCAUGCACUAUUUCGUUGGAGCAACCUUCUUUUGGCUUUUAGUUGAAGGAAUUUAUCUUCAUAAACUGAUAGUCCUGGCCGUCUUAUCAGAGAAAAGACUGUUGAAGCAAUAUGUCCUUAUAGGAUGGGUGUCCCCACUAUUGUUUGUUAUACCUUGGACAAUUUCAAAGAUUAUCUAUGAAAAUGAAUGGUGCUGGGUUAGAAAUCGCAACAUGGGCAUCUGGUGGAUCAUUAGGGGACCAGUGAUAUUCGCAAUUACAUUGAAUUUCUAUAUAUUUAUAAAGAUCUUGAAAACAUUGCUUUCCAAACUGAAAGCCCAACAAAGGCGAUUUAACGACUACAAAUACAGACUGACAAGGUCAACGUUGGUGCUGAUACCAUUGCUUGGGAUCCACGAAUUUGUAUUUACCUUCCUGCUGGACGAACACAUUCGCGGUUUACUGCUGCACAUCCGACUCUUUCUUCAAUUGGCGAUCAGCUCAUUCCAGGGUUUUCUGGUCGCUUUGCUGUAUUGCUUUGCCAAUGGAGAGGUCCAAGCAGAACUGAAAAUGCGUUGGAGAUGCUGGCUGCUGGCAAAUGACUUUGCGUGUUUUGGCUGUAUCAUGGGCAAGCACUUCAAGUAUCUGGGAAAAUGCUCCAAGCCCAGGUCAAAUAGUUACAUCAACAGCAGCAGCUACUGCUACAGUGACACCAGAACGUCCAGUGUACAGCUGAGCACAGCUCCAAUGUCAGAGCUGCAGACACAGAAAGCCACAGUGACGGAGCAGUCCACACAGACCAGUGUCUCCGAAAGCAGUAAAGAAGAGAUGGGAGCUGGAGAGAUUCAAAUCUAAACGCCAGAUUUAAGAGCGAAUCAGGACUGGCAGGUGUGAAGGCCUUUAACACACGAAGUCAGCAAUGAUAUGUUUAAUUUUUACACUAUGACUGACCUCCACAUUCUGCUGUAAAUACUGCACCGUACAAGUGGUUCUACUGGUGUUUCCAAGGCUCUCGUGGUGCUGUUACUGUCGCUCUGCACCCACAGAACAGGACUUCAUGGGAUUUGAUUUUCAGUUGAUGCUGCCAGCUAGCAUCCGCGGAAGGUCUGCAAUCGGCUUCGGUGACCAUGAGUUAAGAGGCAGAAAGGGAUACGUGGACAAUGUGCGGACGUUCGAUGCCCGAGAAAGGUUGCAAUGACUUCCGAACUAACGCUUGUGGUGUUACCCUACGCCCAACUCAAUCUUGUCUAUUGUUUUGCAAAGUGUCAGAGAAAACAAUAGAGAAUCCCAUUGAAUGUUCAACCGUGGUUCAGUUAAUGUUUCGGACACUUCCAUCCUGUGACCACACGUCAUGGUCCACACUUUCCACACCAACACAUGUCGAUGCCAACAUGCGAUCAAGUAAAAAUGGAACAUAGCUUGCACAUAUUGCACGCUGAAGUGUACAUUCCUCUUACAUUCAAUCUUAACAACAUAUUUUACAAGAAAUGUUACUUACUCCAUGCAUUUUUUAUUAUUGUAGGUGUGAAUUUUCUUAAAGUAUGUCAUUUCUAUGUUGAAAUAAAAGUCUAU